UGGUUUAUGCACAGUAACUGUGGUUGAUGUUAGCAUUUAUCGUUUAAAUUCUGACACAUUUCAACAACAAAGUGUAGUGCGCAAGUGGUUGGUUUAUCCACCGUAACUGUGGCUGAUGUGAACGCAUUUAUCGUUUAAAUUCUGACACAUUUCGACAACAAACUAUACUGCGCAAGUGGCUAUAUCGCACAGCAAAUCAAGACACAUUUCAACAACGAAGUGUAGUGCGCAAGUGGUUGGUUUAUGCACAGUAACUGUGGUUGAUGUUAAUGCAUUUAUCGUUUAAAUUCUGACACAUUUCAACAACAAACUAUACUGCGCAAGUGGCUAUAUCGCACAGCAAAUCAAGGUUUUCCACAGUGAACUGUAUUUGGUAAUAUCCCCACAAUCCAUGCAAAAUGACUUCACUUGUUUACCUUGCGUUCGCUGCUUGUUUUCUCUUUCUUUCUUCGGCUGGUCUUGAUCAAGGAAAUGCAACAUCUUCAUCACGAAAUACGAAUUUUACGAUCAACGAGCAAAUGACAACUUCCAAUCUGACGUCCAACCAAUCCAUCAUCUGCGGAGAUGACGAGGUCAAACUUCGAAUUAAUAAGUCAGAUAUCGAGAAAAUUCUGAGUCUUAUGCAUAAGUAUACUACCAAUGUCGUCGAGAUAGAAGUGACUAUCAGUUCAAAUAGGAAUUACUCAAGACUCAAAUGGUCCUGGGCAAGCAAAAUUGGUCGAACAAUUCUCUCACUGAUUGCAAAAGAAAACUUUGUCCUUAACUCUUCAUUCAGUUCAUUUAAUACGCGAUCUUAUCACCUAACCACACUCAAAGCUGGUAUCGAAAAAGUGAAUAUUAUGGUUACAGAGGAGAAGUACGGGUGUUUGCCGAAAGGAAACAAUGGAUCUGAAAAUGUUUUUGACUUUCUGCUGCAGGAGCUUUUUCGUUUAGACGAAGUUCAUGAUUAUAAGUUAUGCCGUCUACAUAGAGAUGAGAAAAACGAGAAACAAUACAACUGCUGUAGGGUGGUGAAUCACGGAAAGCUGACAAUUUGCGCUGAAUAUUCAUCAAUUAUACUCAAACAUGCUGAUAGUUACAUAUUUUAUGGAGUGGCAUUCCUCUUUCUUCUAAUCGAUAUUCCUCUGCUGGGGAAUUAUUUAUCAUCAUUCCAUGUGGAAAGUGAUCGCUACGAGAUUACUGACAGUCCAAUGGCACUUUCAUACAUUUUUUAUUAUGUGUUUAUCAAGGCAUCGAAAAGUUGCGCGAAAAAGUGUUUUAGAAGGUUCGCGUUUGCGUUGGUAGUUUCGGUGAUUCUCUCUGUUUAUUUCUCAGGACGGGGUUGGAUUGUCUUUUCAUCGGUGUGGGGCGUUUUUUUCACGGUUGUUGAUGUCUUUGCGUUAUCUGCAGGUGGUAAUUCACGUGGUGAUGAUAAAAACGAUGACAAUAUCUAUGAGAAAUCUCUUUUGUUAGUUACAUUACCUGCAAACGUUAAAUUUUGGUGGAAAAUGAUCACCAAGUCUCCCUGUUUAACAGAUGGGCUUUUAUCAAAAGCAAUUCGAAUUUUCUUAUUUGUGAUCUUUUACCCAUUGUUUUUUUUGUUUACUUGUGUACUUGCUUUGGGUGGCAUCCUACUUCCUCCUCUUCGAACGAUUUUCUCACAUUCUGCUAGUCGAUUUCAAUCUGUUAUCGGGGGUGCACUUUGGAUGCUUUUUAUCUCGUCUCUUCUCCUUGUAACUCUAAUCGCUAUAUAUGUCGCUUUUUUUGCUCUACUUUCUUCUGCACUCCAUUUAGUCAUUGGCUUUUAUCUAAACGGAUCAUUUUACAGCCCAAUCGUUACACCUAUAUUACUUUUUGUUGUCUAUUCUUGGCGAGACUGGAGAUCGUUUGUAGAAACAAAGUACCUACAACUUAAAACAAAGAUUUAUGAAGUUUGCAACGAACAUGAAGAAAUUCUGAAACAUGAAGAAAUUCUGAAACAUGAAGAAAUUCUGGAAAAUGAAGAAAUUCUGGAACAUGAAGAAAUUCUGGAAUAUGAAGAAAUUCUGACAGAAGGCGAAUCGAAUAACGAGUUUGAGGUGAACAUCAAUGAUGGAACAGUUCCGGAAGCUCUUUAUGACAAAUUGCGGGAAAAAAUCUUUCCGUAUAACAAAGUAUUGUUUCAUUUCUUCAUCCGAAUGUAUUUCAUGGUCAAUUUUUGCCUUCUUGUGUUUGUCAUGAUUUUUUUAGCCCAAGAAUCCAACAUUUCUGGACCAGUUCAAAUCACCAGCACAUUCGUCAUAGCAACUCUUCCGUUUGUAUUUACCAUAUUAUUGCCCGAACAUACAUUUGAACAAAAAGAUACCCACAACAAGAGUCUAAAACAGAAAAUCAAGAAAUUUAUGACAAUAUUGAGUAAAACUGGCGAUAUUGUAAAGGUUAAGGUUGAAUGCGAAGCAGUAAACAUCAUAGACAUAAUUGAUUCAUCCAUCGACUUAGAGUGCUAGAAUAUAAUUUCCUGGCUCAGCUACAUAUUAAGGCUUAGAGUCUGUUUGUACAAAAGUCGGAUAGCUCUAUCCACCCUUUAGCGGCUAUUUCUAAAAUUGCACAUUGUUAACCUCAAUAGUUCUCUUUAAUAAAUGUUGCUCUCAAAGCUGUAAUAUUUUUGCCGUUCAAGCCUCAGCAACAGUUGAGAAUUCACUAUAUCCGCUGGAUAGCGCUCUUCAGCUUUCGUUUAAUCAUCCCUUGAUUAGUCAGUGUUUUGUAAGUAUUCACCAUGCAUGAUUAGUGUUUUAUAAAUAUAUUAUUAUUAUAUUAUUAUUUGUAAGUAUAUUACCGUUAUUACCUGAUUAGUAUAUUGCAAUUAUAUAACUGUCAUAUAACUCUUUAAUAUAGCGCAAAUGAAUGUAACCGAUCGAUAAGUAAUGCAACUAUAUUUACGAAUUCAUAGUUCUCGCAGUAUUAGCGUAAUCUUCAUAUAAUAUUGUUAUAAUUAAGCUUUUUAGAUAUUUAGGAUGAAUACAAUG